AUGAUCAUCUUCUGGAUGACUCUGCUCCUUUUUCAUCAUGGAUGUACGUUGGCUCCAGUGACCACAGUUCAACUUGGUGAACCUGCAACUUUUUCUUGUCCUUUACCCGAUCUUAAAGACAGCAGUAGUACACUUCACUGGUACAAGCAACAUGCAGGAGAUUCUAUAAAAGUUAUUGUGUCACUGCAGAAGUAUGCAAAACCUAAAUAUGGACCAGAAUAUUCAGCAUCAAGAAUGAAUGUGAUGCUUGAAGAAAGAAUCAGCAAUCUGACAAUUUUUGUAACUGUUCAAGAAGAUGAAGGGAUGUAUCACUGUGCUUUCCACGAUUGGUACGAGAAUAUUUGGCGUAGCACCUAUUUAUCAUUAAAAGGACUCACUGAGAGGACAUCAAACUACACUGUUGUCCAACAGACAGCAGCAUCAGAUUCAGACGGUCCAGGAGGCUCAGCCACUCUACAGUGUUCACUUCUUUCUGGUUCUGACAUAAAGACGUGCUCAGGAGGUCUCAGAGUGUUCUGGUUCAGAGUCAGAUCAGAGAAGUCUAAUCCAGACAUGAUCUAUACUGAAGGAAAACGACACGAUGAAUGUGAGAAGAAACCUGACUCCCAGAACAGAUGCGUGUUCUUUAAGAACAUCAGCUCCACCGAUGCUGGGACUUUCUACUGUGCUGUGGCCACAUGCGGACAGAUAUUAUUUGGAAAUAAACUGAAAGUUCAAGGUAAUCUGAUUGUGUAUUUUAAUAAUAACUUAAAAAAAAAUAUUAUCAAAUUAAUUUCAGAUGAGAUGAACUUCAAUGAAUGGUAA